CACGUCCGCCCGGUCACCUGCCGUUGCUGAAGCUGGCUCCCGAGUCAUUUGUCUUGCCUUCUUCGGUCGGCGGGCGGCACAGAUGAGUAGCCUCUUGAGUGGCACGCCCGUGCGCCUGAAACCUGCAUAUGGACGCACGUGAAGCGACACCCCUCGGAAGUCGGCUUUAUUUCUUUUUUCGAGGCGAAUUUUUACUUUUUCCAUCUUCUGAAGCUUAGAGGGCGCGGAGAGGAAGAAGAGGGAACAAGAAGAAGACCACUGGCGAGGAGAGCGUCUAGGAAGUCUUCCACGGGGAACAAGAUGAAGUCCACCUUCUCCUUUUCCAACCUGCUCGGGACGGUGUACAAGCAGGGAAACGUCAUCCUGUACGACGAUGGCGAGGGCACGCACCUCGUCUCGCCCUGCGGCAACCGGGUGAGCGUCUUCAACCUGACGACGAACCAGGGCACGACGCUGCCCAUGGAGAUGCGCAAGCCAAUUGCCCGUGUCGCUCAGUCACCCGCCCACCCCGAGAUCCUCCUCAUCGCCGACGUCGAUGGGCGAGCACUGCUCGUCAACGCCCGUGCGCGAGUCACGCUGGCCCACAUCAACUUCAAGGACGCGCUGCGGGACGCCGCAUUCAGCCCCAACGGUCGCUACAUUGCUGUCACGCAUGGCUCACAGAUCCAGGUCUGGCAAACACCAAACGUGCUCGCAAGGGACUUUGCGCCCUUUGUCCUACACCGGACGUAUACCGGCCACUUUGACGAUGUCCUCAGCAUCCAGUGGUCCAAGGACGAAAGUUUCUUCCUGACGACGUCCAAGGACAUGACGGCGCACAUCUACUCGCUCAACCCGCUGAUGGUGCCCGACCGGAGAAGACCAGGUCAUACGAAGAAGUUCAGGCCCAUGACCCUUGCAGGUCAUCGAUCGGCUGUCACAGCCGCCUACUGGAGCGCCGACGAGGAGGAGAUCUACACCGUCAGUCGCGACGGCGCAUGCUUUGUCUGGAGAGGCAAGCCAGACAACGAGAACGACGACGAGGAAGAUGAAGACGAUGAAAUGGACGUCGAAGAGGAGAGAAACAGGGCGGGGCCCUCGCGAAUCGAGAGCACAGCACCGGCCAUUGCCACCAAGCGGUGGGGCCUGGCAACCCGGCACUACUUUCACGCCGUCUCGACCAACGUCGUCUGCACCUCGUUCCAUGCCCCCACCUCGCUCCUCGUUGUUGGCUUCGCGUCCGGUACUUUUGGACUGUAUACGAUGCCCGAGUGCGAGUCGCUUCACACACUCAGCAUCUCGUCGCAGCGCAUCACCACCGUCUGUGCCAGUGCCGACGGUGCCUGGCUCGCCUUUGGGUGCGCGGGUCUCGGUCAGCUCCUCGUCUGGGAGUGGGCCAGCGAGUCGUACAUUCUCAAGCAGCAGGGCCACUUCUACGACAUGAAUACCCUCUCCUUUUCCCAAGACGGCCAGGUGGCGGCCACGGGGGGCGACGACGGCAAGGUCAAGCUUUGGAACACGUCGAGCGGCUUCUGCAUCGCCACGCUCUCUGAGCACUCUGCUCCCGUCACUGCCGUCGAAUUUGCCAAACAGGGCAACGUCCUCUUCAGUGCCAGUCUUGACGGUACCGUGCGCGCAUGGGACUUGGUACGCUACCGCAAUUUCAGAACCAUGACGACACCCCGGCCCGUGCAAUUUGGCUGCUUGUCCGUCGAGUCGAGCGGCGAGGUCGUGUGUGCGGGUGGUGGAGGAGGAGCAGCGGCAGCAGACAGCUUCGACAUCUUCAUGUGGAGCGUCCAAACAGGCAAGCUCCUCGACACGCUCGCGGGUCACGACGCUCCAGUGUCCUCGAUUGCAUUCAGCCCUGCGGGAACGGGCACAUUGGUGAGCACGAGCUGGGACAAAAGCGUCCGAAUCUGGGAGUGCUUCCGACGAUCAGCCGCAGUCGACCCGCUCGUCCUCAACGCCGACGGUCUUGCCAUUGCCUACCGCCACGACGGCCAAGAGGUAUGCGUCGCCACACUCGAUGGCCAACUGGCCUUUUUCGACCCCAGGGACGGCGGACGGCAGACGGGACUGCUCGAGUGCCGCCGAGACAUUGCUGCAGGCCGCAGGCUCGACGACAAGGUGUCGCGCAAGGCUGCGGCGGGGAGCUCCUGCUUCACAACCGUGACUUACAGCGCCGACGGCUCGUGCAUCCUCGCCGGCGGCAACUCCAACUGGGUGUGCCUGUACGACGUCGGCGAGAAGGUCCUUCUCAAGCGAUGGCAGCUCUCGCAGGAUCUCAGCCUCGACGGCACCCAGGAUCGCCUCGACACUCGGCGUCUGGCGGCUGUAGACGGCCGACCAAUCGAUCUCGUCGAUGACUUUUCCGACGACGACGAGCUGACGGUGGCCGAGCGCGCCGACCGGUCCCUGCCUGGCGCUCAGCGGGGAGACCUCUCGCGGAGGACGACACGGGCGAUUACGCGAUCCAAGGCGGUCCGAUUCAGCCCCACGGGGAGGACGUUUGCCGCGGCCAGCACCGCUGGACUCGUCCUUUUCAGCCUCGACGCAGGGGGCCAGGCCGUCUUUGACCCGCUGGACCUCGACAUCGACCUCACGCCCGAGUCGGUCCGAGACCUGCUCGCGGCCGGCGAUGCGCUCGCCGCCCUCGUGGGCGCGCUCCGGCUCGGUGAGAUGCCGCUCGUCGACGAGGUCUACGAGCGCAUCGGCGUCGCCGACAUUGGCCUCGUCGUGCGCCAGCUGCCCGAGGCGCACCUGGCCGCCGUGCUGCAGCUCGUCGUGCGGCGCGCCCGCGCCUCGCCCCACCUCGAAUACCACCUGCUCUGGGUGCGCGCCAUCUUUGGCGUCCAUGGCCAGAAGCUGCGCGAGCAGGCGGGCACGGGCCGGUAUGCGCCCGUGCUCCGGAGCUUGCAGGGCGUCCUCAACGAGGUCGGAGCCAAUGUCAAGCGGACCGCAGACGAGAACCAGCAUGCGAUGCUGUAUCUCUGGCAGGCGAUGCGAUGAAAUGGCAAUUCACUCUUGCUCGUGCAUCUUUCUCACUGAC